GUCCUUGUGACGUCACGGCCUUGCUUAAAGCGAGAGGCUGCUAAACUUUGUGAUUUCCAGGCGGCUUUUCGUCGCUAACAGCUCGCAGAGUGUCCACGGCCGACAGGUAAGAGAGUUUAGACGACAGGAACGUCAACGUGAGGACUGCCGUCACCGUGUGAAAGUCACAUUUGUGCAGGGUUUGAUCUCUCUGAGGCUCGCUCUAAAGAUAGUGCUGCAGCAUCAGGUUUCCUCCUGUGUAAAUACGCUGGGCUGACAGCUUCAUGUCAGAGAGCCCGAAGAGAGGGAGAACCAUGCUCCGCUGCAGGAGGUGUCGGAAAGGCAUCAUAGACUCGACGUGUUUGUCCACGGUCGAGGCCACAGAUGAGAGUUCAGCUGCAGUUUGCAGUAUCUGGCACGUGAAUGUUGACACGUUGCCAGAGUGGAUACUGACAUCAGUUCACCAGGCCCAGUGGACUGUUGGGAAACUAAACUGCCAGAACUGCGCCGCUCGUUUAGGCGGCUUCAACUUCAUUAACCGCAGCGUGUGUCCCUGUGGCCGGGACGCAACCGUCCACCUCAGCAAAAGCCGCGUGGAUCGUGACCACAAACACUACGUUCUCAUCGUCCAGCCGAGGAGGACGAGGCCCAGGAAGGAACAGGCCGGUCUGCUGACAGAUGGCUUUCAGAACAAAGAGCAGAGGCCUGAAUCUAACCGGACCGCACUGGACACCUUACAGCUCAACUGUGCUGCUAUCAUGUCCCACAGCAGCCACGCCGAGGCCUCCAGUUCACUAACUAACAGUGAAAACACCCCGUCUUUCUCUUUCAGCCCUCUGUACUGCAUCUCUCACAGAAGACGGUGCAGCUUGGAAGAUGACGCCACCAUCAGGUCGUCUUGUUUUUGCCCUGCAGGCCACACGAACAAGCCUGCCAUCGAGGUCACGAGGGCGGAGACAGACGAGUCUAUGCGGUCGCCUGUGUCGCAUCCCACGAGACAGCGCUUUGACACUGACAGUGACACCUCUGUUAACGCUUUCGCCUGCCAUUCACUUGUUUCCGGAAGGACACGGUCACCUCUGCGUCACUAUCCGCCGCAAACAGUGGAGGACGUGGAGUCUUCUCCAGAGACCACGGCUGUCCACGAGGAGGUUUCUGAUUCAGCCCUGUUCCUCAGAGGGAGAUCCAUCUCUGACAGUGUGGCCGAGGACCAGGAAGUGCUGCCUGAAACCUUCACAGCCUCCCUGGCCUCAAACAGACUAAGCAAAAGAGAGAAGAACCGUCUGAAGGGUCUUCGGAGGAAACAGAGAAGGAGAGAGCGAUGGCUGCACAGUCAGCAGGACAAGGGGCAGGCUGAGAGUGUGAGCGGGUCACUGUUGGACAGCGAGGAAGAGGACAGAGAAGGCCUCACCUGCGCCGUGUGUCUCGACGUCUACUUCAGCCCGUACAGUUGUCAGCCCUGCGGCCACGUCUUCUGCGAGCCGUGUCUGCGCACAAUUGGCAAGAACCGGCCGACAAACGCGCCCUGCCCCCUCUGCCGCACCCUCAUCUCACACACAGACUUCCACAAUGAGCUCAACCAAACGGCCAAGACCUUCUUCCCCAAAGUGUACUACACCCGCAAGCAGAACUUCCAGAGGGCUCCAUGUGCAAAAUGGCCUCUGCCCAGCUGUCGCAAACGCUUCCACACUUUCUGGGGAGACCAGAGACAGGCGGCGAUGGCAGGGAGACGUUGGCACUUUGGCCGUGGAGGUUUUACACUGGAUGCUUUUGGCCUCACUGACAUGCGCGGCUGGCUCUUUGACAUCGGCCUGGUCAUCGUCUACAUCCACUCGGUCAACUGGAUCCUGGCUUUGCUGCUCCUCUGUUUCCUCAUGUACUACUUCUUCUUUUAAACACAAAGAGUUGGCAGUGCAGUUUUUCUUCUUUACUGAGAGCGGGUGGUUUCUCUGUUCUGGAUUCGACAGUUGGAUGAAGUCACAAGUCAAACCUUUAUUUAAGUGGUAAAGUACCUCAGAAAUAAGAGGUGGUCAUGACCUACAGUACAUAGAAGCAAGGAGCAGGUACUCAACAUUUGCAGGUUGGAAAUUUGCACAAAUGGAUGAAAAGUUUACAGUGUUGAUUAACUGACUAUAAGCUUAAAUUUAAUGAUGAUUUGAACAAAA